AACGACCCUAUGAUCCUUCCGCAUUUCAGAUGGAAAUGAUCAACACCAACAUCAGGAGAUGACAAUUUAGGAACUAUCUUGUUAAUUUACGUUAUAGCUAACUAAUCGAUUACACUUUGUUGUAAACGAAAUGUAAAUUUGAAUACUGAGUUGCUAUAUUUUCAUAAAAUCGUCUUGUUUCAAGCGUUUGGCAAAGAUGCAAGAUCUUCAAUACCUUGACAAUGAAACAUGUUGGCUUGUCAAAGAGCUGAAGUCAAACAUUUCUCAAGAAUCAUACUUUUUACCUAGGGAAACUGGCCUGAAUAUAAUGGAGUCUGCAGCAGAGAAUCACAAUGGAGUCUCUGCAAAAUGCAGAAAUGCCAAAGUUGAAGACUUGUGGAGCCUGACCAGUUUCUUUGGUUUCAGCACCCAGACAUUUGUUCUGGCUGUCAAUCUACUGGAUAGGUUCUUAGCCAUUAUGAAGGUCCAACCUAAGCAUCUGCCUUGCAUUGGAGUCUCCUGUCUCCAUAUUGCUGCCAAAAUGGUUGAGGAUGAGUGUAACAUCUCACCCACCCAUGAACUCAUCCGCAUCAGCCAAAGCAAGUUCACUGUUUCUGACCUCAGCCGCAUGGAGAAAAUCAUCUCUGGAAAACWAAAUUUGGAGCUCAAAGCCRUCACAGCCUUAACCUUUUUACACUUAUACCAUGCUGUGAUCGUAUCACUUACAUCAGAAAGGGAGGAGAUCCCAAGCAUUGGGAGACUGGAAGCCCAGCUAAAAGCCUGCUUAUGUCGGCUUAUUUUCUCUAAAGCAAAACCAUCGGUGCUGGCACUGUCUGUCAUUUGUCAGGAGUUUGAAGCCCUCCAGUCUCUUGCCAUGUUGGAAAUUGUCCAAGAAGUCCAAAGGCACCUAAAGAUUGUUGACAGUGAGUUACUCUACUGGAGGGGACUUGUGGCCAAAUGCAUGACUGAGUACAGCUCAAGUGAAUGUAACAAACCAGACAACAAAAAACUGGUGUGGAUCGUGUCCAGACGAACUGCCCAAAAUUUGCACGCUAAUAACUUCAGUGUCCCUGAACUGCCGACCAUUCCAGAGGGGAGCUGGGGUGAAAGUGUGAGUGAGGAUUCCUGUGAGGACAUGAGCUGUGAAGAGGACAGCCCGUGCAGCUCUCCUAGCAGCGACGAAAAGGGAGCCUUCUUCCCCAUAGAGUUUCGCAACCAGGGCAGAAAAUGAUACUCCCUCUUUUUGAUGAGCUGAAACUUGUGAUUGAGAUUGUGUAACCAGGGUGCUAACUGUAACUUUCCCUAAAUGUAAUGUUUCCCCUUCCUUGUAGUCAUGAUUCAGAACCAAAUUGUUUCUUUCACUUAGCAUACUGUAUGUGUGACAGACUGGUAUCAAACUCGGGUUGCCUGCGAGCCUUGUUAGCCCUCUCCACUAAAGCCUAGGUGUGGACAUAAGUCUUCCUGUCUAAAGCUAGGUUACUGAUCACGGGAGAUUAGUCCAACAAACCACCUCUGCUACAUACAUAUGUAUUCUGGAAAUACUGAACAACAGGCCCUAUCAAGUGCCUGUGUUAGUCCAUGUGCUGUUUUUAAACUUUUGUUAUGAUUUUAGAUCUGAGUGAGAUUUAAAUUGCAAUAUCUUGGCAGCUGACUGGCAAUAAGAUCUUUGAAAGCCUUUUUAAAGAUGUUGCUGGUGUCAAUCUAUGUCCAAAUUUGACACAUUCCAGGUGACAUUAAGCACAAUGGUGAAAUUAUUUUCUUCCUAGGAUGUCAAACCUGUGCACUGACUGUUUAAAUCAAUGGGAAAUACCCAACAUAUUGGUACAUUUGUGCAAAAAUGUACCUGUUUUAUAGAAUAAUAUUCAUGUAAAAGCUUCCUAUACACCACGUUAUUGUAAUGUGUUCGUAAGAUUAUAUGCAGGAUGAUACUGUAUUCUAUGAAUGGUGACUUGUAUGUAAAUGUGAUUGUGUUCGAGAAUGAUGGGGAUUGUUGUCUAUUGAGAUUUAGUACAUGUGCAAAAUAUUUAUAUUUAAACAAAUAACAAUGUACAUAAAAUGAAGAAAGUUGUAUCAUGCUUUGUGAAUAGGCCAUCUUAUGUUACUGUAUAUCAACAUUGUUAGAAAUGAACCAAGAACCCAACAAAUAAAAUAGUAUUUUUAAACCUG